UGGGCGCGUCAGCUGUCGUGAGGAAAAAAUGUUUCCGUGAAGACGCGCGUGAAAAUUCAUUGUGAUUUUUCCAUUUAAAAAUUUGCUUAAAUUCCGGGCUUGUAGUGCAAAUUAGUGGCUGACACUAUGGAUUUCCGUGCCAUCAUGUCUUCAUCAUUCGUCCGAGUAAAGCUCGUUACCAUUGUGCACCUGACGCUCAUUAGCAAUGCCAUGCUGAGUAACUGGAGUCCCCAGGCGUACAUCUUCUACAAUGUCUUCUUCAUGGUGAGCCUCUUCUGGGCAUUGCACAGCAAAGAAUCCGUUGAUGCUGUUUACAUGGCUACCCUUAUUGACGCCGUGAGCUUCUUCCUGGAUCUCUUUUGCAUCAUUGGAUACUUUUCCGCUCACAAUCCAUGGUCAGUGACCUUUGCCAUCAUAAAUUUAGUCGCGAGACCCUUCUCAACCCUCCUGCUUCAGCGCGAAUUAACCGAAAGGGGCGGCAGCCUCAAUCCAGCAGCAAUUUUCCCAACCACAGAGCAAAGGAGCUACGAGGAUAUUGAUCGUACGACCAAUCAGAGUGUUCCUACGAACCAACAACCCCCAACAACAGUCACAUUUUAAUGUACCUACCACACUUCCCCUCCCGCGCGGCGUCUUUCGUGCCCAAGAAGAAGAAAUUAUUCAUAAGACGCUGCUCAACACUCGUGGGUGCCCUAAACACCCUCUCAGCUCACCCCAAAAUUACCCAAUUUGACCGCCGAGGAAAACCCUCAUCAGCAGCUGUGCUGAAUGUGAAUGAAUCAUCGAUGAUUUUGUCCUCUUACCUAAAAUAAUUACUCAUUAUUUAAUUUUUCUUCCUCCUACUCUUCCCUUCUUCUCUGAAUCUUAUCAACACGGCUGGGCAAUCUCACCAGGCAGCAUCACAAAAUUGUAUAGACAAAGCACGCAAUCUCAUUUUUUUAUCAACAAAUCAACAAAAAAAAGAUCAAAAAGACAUUGGGAAUGAUAAAAGACACUCAACAAAGAUCUUCUUUAUUUUAUUCUUAAAAAUCUUACCCAAAAAAAUGUUAUACUAAAAAUGUUAUGCUUUUGUAUUUAAGUUUAUAAAUUUAAUAAUAUAUUUGAUUAAUGUACUGAGA